UGCGGGUGGGGGGGGAAGAGAGUGAGGCGCGUGCGCAGUGAGUCACCAGCAGCUGACCGGACGUGUGUGUGUGUGUGUGUGGGGAGCGACAACAAGGCCUGAGAGAGGAGGCAGUCAGUGGGGAUUGGGCUCAGCUGAGAGCGGCGGCGGCUGUGUAUAUACACACACACCGGGGGGGGGAGAGGCAGGAGAGCGGACCAGACACCGGCCAUUCCUGCUCCCGCGGUGGUGGCGGCUCCAGGAGCAGCCAUGGCAAUUUUGUUUGGGGUAGUCGCACGUGGCACCACUAUCCUCGCAAAACAUGCCUUUUGUGGAGGGAAUUUCUUGGAAGUGACUGAACAGGUACUGGCAAAGAUUCCAUCAGAAAACAACAAACUGACCUAUUCCCAUGGAAACUACUUAUUUCAUUAUAUUUGCCAGGAUAGGAUAAUCUACCUGUGCAUCACAGAUGAUGACUUCGAAAGGUCCAAGGCCUUCUGUUUUCUAAAUGAAAUCAAGAAAAGGUUUCAAACCACAUAUGGUUCAAGGGCUCAGACAGCACUGCCUUAUGCAAUGAACAGCGAAUUCUCCAAUGUGUUGUCUGCACAGAUGAGACAUCUUUCAGAAAACAAGAGCACAGACCGUCUUACAGAGACACAGGUGCAAGUAGAUGAGUUGAAAGGAAUCAUGGUUCGAAAUAUCGAUUUGGUGGCUCAAAGAGGGGAAAAAUUAGAGCUUCUAAUCGACAAAACUGAGAAUCUAGUAGAUUCGUCGGUCUCAUUUAAAACCACCAGCCGAAACCUGGCCAGAGCAAUGUGUAUGAAGAACCUCAAGCUGACUUUCAUUAUUGUCAUUGUUGCCAUUAUUGUCGUUUACAUCAUUGUAUCAGCUGCAUGCGGUGGACUGUCGUGGCCACAUUGCGUCAACAAAUGAGCAGAAAUUGUGGUCCUGUUGGUUGGAAGAACAGACUGAUUAAAACCUGAGUUUGAC